AUCGUCUGUAUAUAUCCUCAUACAUAACCUUAAAAACAAGUCUGUUUACUUGUAGUAACAAGAGUGUAUGAUGUUAAACUAAAACAACUAUUAUUAAUUAAAAAAAAAGAGGAAUAACAAAAUGAAUACAUUAGUUAAUUGUUGUAGAAAUUUGCCCAAAACAACAAUUAAUAGAAUAAUAAGCCAAUAUUUUGUAAAAGAAUAUGCUACACAUUUGUCAGAUUACAAUAUCAAAUGGGUUAGACCUGAGAAAAUACCAAAAUCAAAUCCAGAAAAAAGUGGUGACUUAGGUAUACCUGUUGACAUAAAACCAACACAAUUAGUUUUAGGAUAUGAAAAUUCCAAAGAACUACAAGACGCCGAUGAAAUCAUAAGAAGAUUAGUUUCAUUACAAUUUUAUCCUCGAAAAGAAACUAUAAAUAUAAGAAGGGAGAAGAUAAUAGAAAUGGUUAAAAGACAUGGAUCAGACCGUGGUUCUACAGAAGUUAAAAUUGCUGCAAUGACAGCUGAAAUACUACAGUUACAAGAAAACGCGGUAAACCAUCCUAGAGAUAAGAAAGAGAAAGUAUUUUUAAGGGAAUUAAUAGACAAGAGAAAUAAAUUAUUGAGAAAAUUGCGCAAAUGGGAUUACAAACGUUUUGAAUGGAUUUUAGAAAAAUUAAAUCUUUUUUACAAAGCCUUACCAUCAGAUAAAACUCCAGCGUAUAGGAAACCUUCUUUAAGAAAAUUAACACAGAAGUAUUGCGAUAAAAUAAAACAAGCAAAAUUUGAUGCGUAUAAAGCGCAAUUGGAAGAAGAACAAAAAACAUUUUUUAAAGAUAAAUUGGAAAAACUUAUUUACAUUAGAAAAGAGGAAUUGGAAUUAGGCUUGGAACCAACUGUGAUGGAAGAUGAUAUCGAAAGAACAAGGAAUAAACUGAAGGAGAUACUUAAUAAUCAAACGAGUUAAUAAAACCUGUUGUUCUCGACGACUUUAUGAAUAUAAAUUACGUAAACUAUGUUAGCAUUAAUAAUAAAAUUACAUUUACCCUAAAGUAAAAA